UACCGGACAUCGUAGAUGCGUUUAGAGAUGCGCUGGAGCUGGAGGUGCAGGCUAGUAAAGAGGAUGUGAAGCGCUUUGUGGCCGGUCAGAUAUACCGACUGCCUAGAUGCAUUCAGCGCGACCUUGCGCUGCAGGAGAUGGUGCAAGAAAAGAUAGUGGAGUCGGUCGACGGCAUGUUUCUUCUCGCUCGCCUACAUACAGAUUCGCUGUUAGACAAGAGGACGGCAAAAGACGUAAAGUCAACUCUAGCUAAACUCUCAAAAGCCCCAGCCGCGCUCGACGACGCGUAUAGAGACGCCCUCCAAAGAAUCAGAGGCCAGCUGGACGGUGAUCACGAACUAGCCAAGAAAGUCCUGUCGUGGAUAACGCUUGCGAAACGGCCGCUCACCACUGCUGAGAUAUGCUGUGCCUUGGCAGUGGAGCCAGGUGAAGAGGAGCUCGACCCGGAAAACGUGCUUGAAGUCGAAGACCUGGUAUCCGUAUGCGCCGGCCUUGUCGUUGUUGAUCAGGAGGGUGCUGUCAUCCGUCUUGUGCACCACACUACACAAGAAUACUUGGAGCAGAUCAAAGAUGCAUGGAUUCCAGGUGCUCAGUUGUACAUGGCUACUACAUGCCUUACGUACCUCUCCUUCAGUGCUUUCAGAAGCGGUAGCUGUUCCACUCACGAGAAAUUUGAGGAGAGGCUCCGGCAAAAUAAGUUUCUGGACUACGCAGCCACGCACUGGGUUAAACAUGCAAGAUCAGUCGAAGCUGAAGUGGCUAGCCUAGCCUGUUCGGUUCUUCUCCAUAAUGGCUCACUUUCGUGUGCCACACAGGUGCUGGAGGUUCGAAGAAGAGCCUCCUCCGAAGACAUUCAUGAAGGAACCGCUUUGCACUAUGCAGCGCGAUAUGGAUUAUUUCGAAUAACGCAAAAGCUCUUGCCUUCGUUAGAGGAUGCGUAUACGAAUGUAGUUGAUGCUGAAGACAGUUGGGGUCGAUCUGCCUUGCUACUCGCAGCGAAGUACGGCCAUAAUAGAAUUGCCCAGCUGCUGGUUAACAAAGGCGCGAAUUUCAACGCGCAGGGUGGAAGAAGCAACGCACUCCAGUGGGCUGCAGCUAGCGGCGAUAAAGAGAUAGUGAAGCUGUUAGUUAACAAGGGCGCGGACGUUAACGCAAAGGGUGGAUUCUACGGCAACGCACUCCAGGCGGCCGCAGCUAACGGUCAUAAAGAGAUAGGAGAGCUGCUA